CAACCUGAGGAGCUGCUAGCGAGUAGCGACCCUCUACUGGCGUUGGCUAAUUCGGCUUAGUAGUGAGGAGGGUGGUCGUGGAACUGAAAACACUGAACGUGCUGUAGAGAUUUUUCAUUGCGGACGAGAAAGGGAGCUUUUUAUGCGAUCGGAAAGCUCGAGACGUCAGCCUCGUCACGCUCGGGCAAGUCCAAUGCAGAAAAUAUGAGUAAACGGGAUAAUUAUUUUGGCUAACCAAAUCCCUUAACGCCACAGACAACACCAGCAACAACAUCCAUGUUAUUGGCCCCUGCUGCAAUCCUGCUUUGGUUCCGGAGCUACAAUUAAAAGGGACUGGCCUGACUCCUAUUGUUCUUUUUAUUUUGGGAUAGGACGCGGUUUUUGUCCCUCGGCGCUCAUAGAAGCGAAUAACAGUCUUACCGCUCUGUGUCAUAAACGCAAAUAAUCCACUGCUCUGUUACUUGGAUGUUUACGCGUUAAAAUGGCUGCUGAACGGAGUAUUUUGUAGGAGAUUGAAGAUCUGGAAUAAGAUCCCGUGAAUGUUGUAAUAUCUUGUCCCCGAGACUUUUGUUUUAGGGGACAAUGCGCCGCUUCCAGCCUUUUUGCUGUAUUGUGCUCUACGGAGGAUUUUCCGCCCGUAACUACAUGAGGUAACGUAGGAAAUUCCUUCUGUUCGAAGCACAAUGAGGCGAGCCAUCAUUUUAUACCUGUAAAUGUGAAUGUUUGUUUUCGUCGGGAGCAAGAGGACAUUUUUCACUCUCCUAUGAUUGGAAUGUUGGAAUUAACGCGCUCGCGGAGUCCCCUGUGAAGAUUAUGUCAGAAUUUUCCUGAUCAGUUUCUGAAUGGAUCCCCCCAGCUAAUUGAAACAGUCUGGGUACCACGAAAGCAGAGACUCGGCUUUGCCUCUAGCCCCAUCAGAAGGCCUUGCUUGCUGCCUGCCUUGCCUGCCUCCACAAAGCAGGAAAAUGGAUGGUGGGAAACGGAGAACUGAGUUGCUUUUCCUCAGACAGAGGACAUCAUGCACGAGCUCUGGACUGCAGGACGUCAACAGAUACUUAUUGUUGUGCGUUAUGUUCUUUCUGGUGCUGAGCACGGACGCCUCAGCUCCCUCCAAACCCUGUGACAAGAACUGUCUGUCCGGGAAAUGCAUCAAUGGCACAUGCGUCUGCGACCGAGGAUGGGUAGGAGAUCAGUGUCAACACUGUCAAGGCCGAUUCAAGUUGACGGAACCGUCGGGGUACCUCACUGACGGCCCAAUCAAUUACAAGUACAAAACCAAAUGCACCUGGCUGAUCGAGGGAUACCCCAACGCGGUCCUGAGGCUACGCUUCAACCACUUUGCGACGGAGUGCAGCUGGGACCACAUGUACGUCUACGACGGGGACUCCAUCUACGCCCCCCUGGUGGCCGUCUUCAGUGGUCUAAUAGUGCCAGAGGUGCGUGGUAAUGAGACCGUUCCGGAGGUGGAGACCACGUCGGGCUACGCGCUCCUCCACUUCUUCAGCGACGCCGCAUACAACCUCACAGGCUUCGAGAUCUUCUACUCGAUAAACUCGUGUCCGAACAACUGCUCGGGCCACGGCAAGUGCACGACGGGCAACUCCAUCGCGUCGCGCGUCUACUGCGAGUGUGACGAGUACUGGAAGGGUGAGGCCUGCGACAUCCCCUACUGCCGGAACAACUGCGGCAGCCCCGACCACGGCUACUGCGACCUCACCGGGGAGAAGCUGUGCGUCUGCAACGAGAGCUGGCAAGGUCCGGACUGUUCUCUGACGGUGCCUUCUACGGAGUCGUACUGGUUCAUGCCGAGCGUGAAGCCGUUCGGGACGUCUCUGGGCCGGGCCUCGCACCGGGCCGUGGUGCAGGAGAAGGUCAUGUGGGUGGUGGGCGGGUACACCUUCAACUACAGCUCCUUCCAGAUGAUCCUCAACUAUAAUCUGGAGAGUGGCAUCUGGAACACUGUGCCCAUCAGCAGUGGACCCCUGCCGAGAUACGGACACUCCCUCGCCCUCUACCAGGACGACAUCUACAUGUUUGGCGGCAAGCUGGAGAUGGGCUCGGGCAACGUGACGGACGAGCUGUGGGUCUUCAACAUCCCGGGCCGGGCCUGGUCCCAGCGCACGCCGGCCACGCAGUCGCACACCAGCCAGGUGUUCGCCGUGGAGGGCCACUCAGCGCACGUGGCCGAGCUGGACAACGGAGACCCCGUCAUGGUGGUCAUCUUCGGAUAUUCGUCUGUGUACAGCUACAUGAGCAACAUACAGGAGUACAACAUCCGGACCAAUGAGUGGCACAUUCCGGAGACGCGUGGUGCCAUUGCCCUGGGUGGCUACGGCCACAGCAGCGUGUAUGACCCGGGCAGCAAGUGUGUGUUCAUCCACGGCGGCUACAAGUCCCUGCCCAACAAGAACAACAACAAGUACGGACUGGUGGACGACCUGUACCGCUACGAAGUGCCCACGCGCACAUGGACGAUCCUGAAGGAGAGCUUGUAUCCACGCUACCUGCACUCGUCGGUGCUGCUGGGCGGAACACUCCUCAUCUUUGGCGGGAACACCCACAACGACACGUCCCUCAGCAACGGGGCCAAGUGCUUCUCCACGGACUUCCUGGCCUAUGACAUCGCCUGUGAUGAGUGGAAAGUGCUUCCCAAACCCAGCCUGCACCGCGACGUCAACCGAUUUGGACACACUGCCGUAACCAGCAACGGGUCCAUGUAUGUGUUUGGCGGCUUCUCCAGCGUGCUCCUGAACGACGUGCUGGUCUACCGGCCGCCCAACUGCGAGGCGUUCGCCGACGAGAAGCGGUGUGUGCGCGCGGGCCCCGGGGUCCGCUGCGUCUGGAGCAAGGGCCGCUGCGUCUCCUGGGAGCCGGGGCCUUUCAACGGCACCUCGCCCGCACCCUUCUGCCCCUUCAAGCCAGCUCCCAUAGACGAGCGCUGCUAUCGCUUCUCUGACUGCGCCAGCUGCACGUCCAACACCAAUGGCUGCCAGUGGUGCGACGACAAGAAGUGCAUCUCGGCCGGAAGCAACUGCACCUCGCCUGUGAAGAACUUCACCCGUUGUACGGUUCGCAACGAACAGAUCUGCGCCAAGCUGGUCAACUGCAAGAGCUGCUCCCUCAACCGCAACUGCCAAUGGGACGCCCAGCAGCAGGAGUGCCACGCCCUACCAGCUCAGCUGUGUGGCGAGGGCUGGAGCCACGUGGGCGAGGUGUGCCUGCGCAUCAACGCCAGCCGGGAGAGCUACGACAACGCGCAGCACUACUGCAAGAACCUGGAUGGCAGCAUCGCCUCCCUCACCAAGGCCAAGCAGGUGGACUACGUGCUCGAGGAGCUGCAGAAACACCAACUGCAGGAGAAGAAGCUGUCUCCAUGGGUGGGCCUGCGUAAGAUCAACGUGUCGUACUGGGCGUGGGAGAACAUGUCCCCCUUCACCAACACCUCCCUGCAGUGGCUGGCUGGGGAGCCCAGCGACUCUGGCUUCUGCGCCUACCUGGAGCUCAGCGAGAGCACUGGCCUCAAGGCCAACGCGUGCACUGCCACCACUGACGGACUCAUCUGCGAAAAACCAGUCGUGAGCCCCAACCAGAGUGCCCGCUCCUGCAAGAAGCCCUGCUCGCUGCGCACCAGCUGUGCCAACUGCACCAGCACCACCAUGGAGUGCAUGUGGUGCGCCAGCACGCGCCGCUGCGUGGACUCCAACGCCUACGUCAUCUCCUUCCCCUACGGACAGUGCCUGGAGUGGCAGACCGGCGAGUGCGUCUCUCAAAACUGUUCGGGCCUGCGGACCUGCAGCAAGUGCCUGGAGCAGCCGGAGUGCGGCUGGUGCGGGGACCCCAGCAACACGGGCCGGGGCCAGUGCAUGGAGGGUUCGUACCGGGGGCCCGUGCGGAGCCCGGCCAAGCUGAACCAGGCCCAGGCCCAGGGGCAAGGGCAGGGGCAGCAGGGCCACACGCUCCUCUCGCAGAGCCGGGACAUGGUGCUGGAGCCGGCCCUCUGUCCCCGGGACAAGGGAUAUGAGUGGGCCUUCAUCCAGUGCCCUGCUUGCCAGUGUAACGGCCACAGCACGUGUGUGAACGGCAGCGUGUGCGAGCAGUGCCGUAACCUGACCACGGGCGCCCAGUGUGACACCUGCAUGCCUGGCUACCACGGAGACCCCACCAACGGAGGGAAGUGCCAAGCCUGCAAGUGUAACGGCCAUGCCAACGUGUGCCAGGUGAUGACGGGCAAGUGCCACUGCACCACUAAGGGGAUCAAGGGGGACCAGUGCCAACUAUGCGACUCGGAGAAUCGUUACCUUGGCAACCCCCUGAGAGGGACCUGUUACUAUAACCUGCUGAUCGACUACCAGUUCACCUUUAGCCUGCUGCAGGAGGAUGACCACCACUACACCGCCAUCAACUUCAUGGCUCAACCGGAACAGACCAACAAGAACCUGGACAUGUCUAUCAAUGCCUCCAAUAAUUUCAACCUCAACAUCACCUGGUCGGUUGGAUCAACAGCGGGGACCAUCUCUGGUGAGGAGGUGCCCAUCGUGUCGAAGACGAACAUCAAGGAGUACCGGGACACCUUCUCCUCCGAGAAGUUCAGCUUCCGCAGCAACCCCAACAUCACCUUCUACGUCUACGUCAGCAACUUCUCUUGGCCAAUCAAAAUCCAGAUCGCCUUCUCACAGCACAACAACUUUAUGGACCUUGUGCAGUUUUUUGUGACAUUCUUUAGCUGUUUCCUGUCUCUGUUGCUGGUAGCUGCUGUCGUGUGGAAGAUCAAGCAGACCUGUUGGGCAUCUCGCCGGCGUGAGCAACUGAUGCGAGAGCGGCAGCAAAUGGCGAGUCGUCCCUUCGCCUCUGUCUCGGUGGCACCGGAGGUGGGAUGUGACUAUGUCAAGCUACCGCAGGGCGAGGGUCCUCCUAAACCUGUGGCUAUGGAGCCGUGUUCGGGGGGCAAGGCGGCCGUGCUGACGGUGCUCAUCUGUCUCCCACGCAGCCCCACCGGCGUCCCACCGCCCGGACAGUCAGGCAUUGCCAUAGCCAGCGCCCUGAUUGACACCUCGCAGCAGAAGCCCAUGGACUUCAAAGAGAAGAACCAGGGCCUGAAGAACCGCAAAGCUCUCCCGCCAGCGCACCAAGGCACCUGCGUCUGAGUCUUCUGCUCUCUCUCUCUUCUCUCGUUAUUCCCCCACCAUCCUCACCCGUCUUCGGCUCUACUCCAGACCUGGAUGAGUUAUGAAGAGGAUGGUUGGGGGGCUCACCCGCCCCACCCCCUUUUUUCGUUGGCCGAACUAAUCCACCGUUGCAGCCUCUUGUACUGCUGCCAUCAGACCUCUGUCUGAGGACAGAAAGAGAGCGCAAGCGAGAGAGGCCUUCUCUUGACGUGAUGGGGGGGUUAAACCCCUUCGGAAGCAGGAUGGGCUGUUUUCAGUCUCCAUCUGCCUCCCCUUUCCCCAUACACAUUACUCACUUGCUCACACACACUCACUGUUACACCUACUCACUCACUUACAUACGCACACCUUUCCUCCCACCUCAAGUCCUUCUCCACGUCUGCUGUUUCAGCUGUAACCCUCCUCUUUCUGCAGCUGUCAGGCAGAAGCUGUACUCUUUCUCUCCUGUCUUUUUUCUCCUAUCGUCCUCUGCUUCCUCUUCUCCUCCCUCUUCCUCUUCCUCCUCUUCUUCUCCAACGCCACAUCUCCUCCUCCUCCUAAUCAGUCCAUCUCUCCAGCCUAUUAAUUCACAUGUCCCAGAGUAGUGCGUUACUACACCCACUUUCUGACCCGCUCCACACGCUUCCUCCUCCCAUAAGUUGUUUCCCACCAUCCCUUGCAAAAAUGCCCCCCGGCCAUUCCGUUCCAGCACACCAGUUAUAGCAGCCAGGGAACUCUUUGUAACUUCUCUCCAAUGGAACAUCGCAGUAGCUGCAGCUCCUUUCCCUGCACCCACACAGCCUGAAGGGGGAGCUUGACAUUGGACUGACUUUUCCCCAACCUGUGCUGUGCCCUAAAGGCUUAUAAGGGGGCAUUUCGUCUGUCUGGGCCAUUACGUCACAGGGACAACAAGCACCAAACUUAGCUCUGCGGCAACUGCGGAUAGAUGGAUCACCACUUUCACCUGGAAUGUGCAAGCUCAUCGUCCGACAAGGCCGGGCCGGGCUGGGGCAGGAAGCGGUGGCUAUAGGCUGCUGUGCUGAUACACCUGGGAACAAACACUCCAGGACGGGGCGGCCCACCCACUAUUGUUUUAGUGUCACGGUUGCUUCGUCAAUUGAUGAGGCCGGCCGGCAAUUGCAGCGGUGCGCAACUGUAAGCUGUUGGCCGAUGGGGAGGUGAACGCAUUGUGCUUUUAGAGAGAAUGCACGGACGGAAGGGGGAUGAGCGGGAGAAUGUAAAUGCCUACUGCUACUAGUUUCUUUUCUACGAUUCUUAGGGUCAGUAACCAACACGGACUUGAGAAAAUAUUGUCCAGUGGUUUUAUUUUACACUCCGGUGUUUGCUUGCCAAUUAGCCGGUUGGUGGUUUUUUUCCUUUUCCCCUUGCCGGGCCACUUAAUCACUUGUAUUUCUAACUAUUACGGCUCAUUUUAUUUAAUUGAGAACAAUUGCCAUGUGCAGCUUCUAAAAAGCUAUCACAAUCUUUUUAAGCUAAAACAACAUUAAAGCUGCUCGUUUGCUUUGUUCAAGGGCGAGAAAGCAAGAGACAGAACACACACACAUUUCCGAACCUUUGUUUGAUGGCUUACAAACACAAACACACACACACACACACACACACACACACACACACACACACACACACACACACACACACACACACACACACACACACACACACACACACACACACACACACUCUCUCUCUCUCUUAACACACCCACACAAACAAGAUUGUGAGUGCGGAUCAAGUUUGUUUCCAGCUUUUCUUUAAUCCCAUUUAUAUUGGGUGUAAGACGAAUAAGCAUCUAGGGAUGACAAACAUACAAAGACAUAUGUACACACAUACACCCGAUAUACUUAAUACAGAAUGUAAUUUACCAUAGGCUGCACACAGUGUGUCUGUACGUGCUGUUGAUGUCUGUUGCCUUCGCCUGAUGUCUUCUCAAGAUGCAAACUUUCGUACCGGUGCUUUUUAAAACACCUUGUUCUCCCUUUGAUCAUCAGGGCUGGGGGUUUUCCAGGAAGCGGGUUCAUUAGUAAACCUUGAAUUUAAAAGCUUGAGGUAGUGGUUGAUCAUCUCAAUAAAAGAGUCUGAGGUCCUCAUUUACCAUUAACCUGAAGGAUGUGGUUAACUGCUUCUUGUACAGUGGGUUAACUUUGCCAGGUUCAUCACGUAACCACGUUCUUGGAAUACCCCUCCGAUCACUGAACAACAAGUGUUUCAGUUGUGGUGAGGGUUGUGGGAGUCUUUCUCUGAAACACCCCCAACGUCUGCAACACUUGAUCUGAGCAAAAACACUGCUCUUUGAGGGCAAGGGCUGUCGAGGCAACGCGUCAAGAAAAUGAAGGGAUAUUUAUGUCUGGGCAAGGAAAAAAAAAGAAAAUGACAGCCCCUCAAUGACAUGAACGUGGAGGGCUUUUAUUUUGUCUGGUUUUUGUUGGUUGUUUUUGUUUUGUUUUUAAGCUCGUAUGUUUAUCAUGUAAGGCAGGUGAAUAUCACGCCUGCUCUCGUGUAAUAUUCUGUUUAUAAUUAUGCUAUGGAUCAGCAGAGAAGCUGUAACUGUGGAUGAUCUACAACGGUAUUAUGUUAUGUUGUUUUUGUUAUUGUUAUUAUAUUUUUCUCCAUUUGGUUGGCCUUUGUUUUGUUUUUUUAUCAACGUUCGGUACAGGUCUGUUACAAGGACUUCCAGCAUUGCACAUUCGCAUUUUUUUUUAGCUGGUCGUGUCUCGAACAACCUUUGGAGUACUCUGAUCGGAGUGGAGACAUUACAGAUUUUUUUUUUUCGUUUGGCACAGGAGUUGUCUUAAUUGAAAAGCUGUUGGUGGGACUUCUAGCCCCACGCCCCUUUAACCCAAACACACAUCGCAACACCCUGGGCCGCUGACAGCUUUGGAAGGGCCUCCCUCUUCUCAAUACAUACGGUGUGUUGGGGGGCUUAAUUCUGGGCCUUCACUUUCCCUGGGCCUGGGACAACUGACCUCUUUGUCCCCAUCUGUCGGCAGGCCUGACCACACCCCAGUCCCAUCCCCAAACCCCCAACGAACACACCUAACCGCCUCGACCCUCGUCUCAGUAAACUCCUUGUGACCUGACUGUUCUGGAAUGUUCUAGAAGGAAUCACAGCUUUUCUGUUUAUCAACGGGCCUUGAGGACCUGUAUGUCAGCAGGAUCUCCAGGGGACCUUAUUGGGGUUGCUGCUUCAGCCGGCCCUUUAAUAAAAAAAGACCUUGAGUGUGGAGUUAGGAGUAAGCAAAACUGAGCUUUGAUUGACGGGGCUCAAUAUCUCCAUGGGAAAACUGAGGAUAUGUACAGCACGCCCCUUACAUGUUUGUAUUACAUGGAACUUAAAAAUGAAAAAAAAAAGAAAACAUGUGAAUCAAAUGUGAAUCUGUUGCUAUUCACGUAGCUACGUCUUCAAGUCUUGUUUUGUUUGUUUCCUUUUGAUUUUGUUUGUUUUGGGUUUUUUUGCUUCUUUUCCCUUGCUGUUUUUAAUAAAGAAUAUUAUGAGGACGACAUUUAUUUUAGAGCCCAACCUCUGUAUUAUAUCUCCAAGGAUCAUGACGGUGAUAAAAAAAAAAAUGUCUUUUACAAUGUUUGUGACAAGAAAAAAAAGUUUGUUUUCAUAAUGGAUCAACACCUGUGUACUAUCACUGUUAUUACCCUUUAAGUUUAUUAACAUCAUUUUUUUUCAUAUUUGCAAUGUCAGUAGUUGCUUCUGUGCAACUGUUCCAGUAUGGAGCACUUGGGCAUUGUAAAGUUUUUUUCCAGAUUGUAAUAUUGUAGUAAUAGUGUACAUGUCAUUUUGACCUUAUUAAAGCCUAUUUGCCAA